AUGGUUGGGGUCAGAUUGACCCCAAUGUUGGGCACAUAUGCGGUGUCUAUGUCUGGAGAUGUGAAAAGUGGUGACAAAAAUAGAGGCAAUGUGUGGACAAUCAGUGACCCUAUUCUUGGUUUGGGCAUUGGUUUGGGUGGAUAUGGUUUGGGUGGAUAUGGUAUGGGAGUUAUGAUUAUGGGCAGAAAACACGGUCAUAGAGAACACGGAUGUCCGGCCUAUUUUGGCGGUCACUCCGACCCUCGCGUCGGUCCGUUUGAAGGCUGCGGAUCGUCAACAGAAGGCGGACACGUGUCGGACGAUCCCAGACAUGGCUUUCAUGGGAUGAGCGCCGGCGGACCCGAAGGACCUUUUGGUCACCACUUUGGACACCAUAGAGGAGGCCAUGGAUUCCACGGUAUGAGAGGUUUCGGACACGAAGGACACCAUUUUGGUCAUCAUAGGAGAGGACAUGGAUUGCAUGGAUGGCAUGGCGGACACCAUAGGCUUCACGGCGGGCACUGGGGCUACGGGUUUGGCAAUCCCUGGCAAUUGGCCGACACGUCGUCGUCGAGCUCUUCGUCCAGCGAUUCAGACUCUGAUGAGAAAAAGGCGAAGAAGUUUGAGAAAAAGCAGAAGAAGUGCUAUAAAAAGGAGGCAAAGAAACAACAGAAACAGUGGAAGAAAUGCCAUCAAAUGAGACAAUGGAUGUCCGCUCCCGACGGAAACGUCACUCACUGUACGCUAUGUUGGCAUCAAAUCAAGCCAUUGGCCGACACAGAAGUGCUUGAAUGCGGACAUAUCUACCAUCGCUUGUGUCUCAAAGAGCUGUUCCGCAUCGCUAUCACCGGCGACGACAAUAAGACCCUGUUCCGCAUCGCUAUCACCGGCGACGACAAUAAGACCGUUCAUUGCGUUCAAUGUAAGCAACAAAUCGAUGAACAACUCUUCGAUGAGUUCCAGAAGAGAAUCGCUGGCAAUGAGACCAUCGCUGACGACAAGAAAUACAAGAAAAUCGGCGAAGACUUCGACAAGAAAUACAUGAAAAUCGGCGAAGACUUUGAGAAAUUGAAAAUUAUAUAA